AUGGCGACGACCAUAGUCAUCGACAAUGGCGCUUAUCAGGUCAAGAUUGGCCUGAAUUCUGACGAAAAGCCAAGGUUGGUUCCAAAUUGCAUCAUGAAAGCUAAGAAUGAAAGGCGGAAGCAGUACAUUGGAUCACAAAUUGAUGACUGCAAAGAUCUGUCUGGUAUAUUUUACGUCUUACCCUUCCAGAAGGGCUAUUUAGUCAACUGGGACGUUCAGCGUCAAGUUUGGGAGCACACAUUCGGCAAAGAUGCUUUGAACCUGGAGUGUGAGGAAACCAAUGUGGUGUUUGCCGAGCCGUACUUUGAUUUCUCAUCCAUCCAAGAAGCCCUGAAUGAGAUCUUCUUUGAAGAGUAUAACUUUAAAGCUAUUCUCAGAACAAAUGCUGGUACUCUAAGCGCUUAUAAGAACCGGCAGGAUAAACCUGAAGAACUGUGUUGUCUUCUUGUUGACAGUGGCUACUCCUUCACUCACUUAGCCCCAUACUACAACGGCAAGAAAGUUGGCAGUGCAAUAAGAAGGAUGAACAUCGGUGGAAAGGUUCUGACCAACCACUUGAAGGAAAUCAUUUCAUAUCGUCAACUACACGUUAUGGAUGAAACUUAUGUUAUGAAUCAAGUCAAGGAGGACGUAUGCUUUGUGUCGCAGAACUUUUAUGGAGAUAUGAAGACUGCAAAAUUGAGAGGCGGAGAUAACUCAAUCGUCAGGGAUUACAUCUUGCCGGAUUUCUCCCAUACCAAGAGAGGCUACCUGAAAGACAGUAAUACCAAAGUCAAGACACAUGAACAGACCGUCCGAAUGAACAAUGAAAGAUUUGCCGUUCCAGAAAUCCUGUUUCAUCCGUCUGAUAUCAGUAUACAGGAACAGGGCUUGUCGGAGGCUAUCGUUCACGUCAUUAAUAACUGCCCAGCAGACAUGAGGCCGCACCUGUUUAAGAACAUCUUACUAACCGGCGGCAAUGCAAUGUUCCCUGGUUUUAAGGAGAGAGUAGAAAGUGAUGUACGAUCAAUGGCACCCGCUCAGUACGAAGUCAGCGUCACUAAACCAGAUCAUCCAAUCACAGAUGCAUGGGAGGGCGGCAAAUUACUCAGCAAAUCUAAAAACUUCUCUAAACUUAUGGUGACAAGAGAGGAGUACAAUGAACACGGUCACAGUGUCUGCUGGGAAAGAUUUGACGUCUGAGGGAGUUUAAGAGUUGUGACUGUCAUUCAGAAGAUCCUGACUGUAAGCGUUCCUGUAUGUGAAGAGCCCUCCGGAGGUAAAAUAUGGCCAUGAUGGUUGUAAGGCCUCAGGUUGGUCGCUACUAGACUGGUUCCCUCUCUUUAUCCACAAGAAGAAAGAUAGCCCCUGAUCUUACCGGCCCAAUGAUUUCAUUGGGUACAAUGAUUUCAUUGGAUAGACGUGCAGUGACGUAACCAUUCCAUAUCUGUGUUAUGAUUUGUUCGAGGUGAUGCAGUGUGUCAGCUGCACUUUCAACCGUCUGCAUGCAGCGUUUGUGUGCAUAAUGUUGUGUACAUCAUGUAGUGUUGUUUUACUCACUAUGUAAUACAUGUUUGUGUACAUGGGCAUGUGAAUUGACUGCAAAUCCCUGAGUAAACUUAAUAAUGUGAGGGCAAAGAUUAACUUGUCAGGAUCUGGUCUGGCUGGUAUCUGGCGUAAUUCAUGAGCUUUGAAGUGAGGCAUCAGAUGUUCAUUCAGGCUAGGCCUCAGCUUGGUCCCAAGUUUCCAAGCCAGAUGGGCUUGGGUUUGUCCACGGAGUAUAAUUCGACAUUGCACUGUCUGAAAUAAGGUGCUGCCUAGGUCGAUGGUUGCCAACUUGGAAAGUAUGUGGCUAGUGUUGGGGAUCAUUUUGCCAUGGCUUUCAAUUUGAGCCAAACUUUUAUACAAUUUUUAUACAGAACAAUUUUUAAUAAAAUAUUAGUUGGUCAGUAAUGAAAACAAAUCACUAAAGAGUACAUCACCAUCUGUUGGAAGGAUCCAGCGAGUUGUGAACAGCGGCAGUACGAUGCCUGGCACCAACAUGAAGAUAUUGUUUUAACCCAUCAACAUAUUCACUAACUAUAAAAAAAUAAAGGGUCUUUUCCAAAACCUCGGUUUGAGCUCCGUCAUCAUUUUGGAGGUGUGUACAUUUAGUGCAGUGUUUAAAGGCAGUGGACACUAUUGGUAAUUACUCAAAAUAAUUAUUAGCAUAAAACCUUACUUGGUAAUGAG